UAUACCACCAGAAAUCAUUUCACAUCCAUCAUCAACUUCUAGUUGCAUUAAAUAAUCUUCAAGCAUGUUUGUUAUGAAAUUCCACAAAUUCUUGUGUUUUUCUAGAGUUGUUAAUCUCUUAGCGAUAGCAACUCUCCUAAGUGGUUUAAUUAUUCAAGUGGAAUGCUUGAAUUUCAAUUUUCCAAACUUCCCCAGCGAAGAUGAUUUAAUUAUGACAACCAAUGCGAGUAUAUUUGAUGGUGCCAUUCAAGUGACAAAAGAAGCUCGCGGAAUAAGUAUUACAGACUUGUCCGGAAGGGUAUGGUAUAAGAAACAGUUCAAACUAUGGAGCAGAAAGAAGAACAUCACAGCAUCGUUCAAUUCGACGUUCGUUCUCAAUAUCUCUCCCCAGAGUGGUCCUGUUGGUGAAGGACUGGCAUUCAUAUUGACCACGGAAAGUGGACGUAGCUCUAUCCCACAAAACAGCCAGGGAAAAUGGCUCGGAAUUGCAAAUGCAACCACAAAUGGUUCAACAACAAAGGACAUAGUUGCUGUUGAAUUCGACACAAAGAAGAGCUACCCAGAUGAUUUCGAUGAUAACCAUGUUGGUAUUGAUGUAAACAGUAUUAACUCCAUUAAGCAAGUUUCUUUAAAUGACCAUAAUGUUAAUAUUUCAAGCGCACAAGAUGUCACCGUCAACAUUCAAUACAAUGGAACAUCGCUUUUUGUAUUCAUGACAAAUGAAACGGUAGGCAGCCAGUAUAAUCCAAUACUUUCAAUGCCUCUUAACCUCUCUGAGUUUCUUCCGGAGGAUGUUUUCGUGGGGUUCUCGGCUUCCACCGGGAAAAACACCGCGCAGCUCAACUGCGUAAAGUCUUGGCAGUUCGACAGUACAGAAAUAGACGAUGCAGCUGACCAGUUGUGGGUUUGGAUCGUGAUUGCGGUGAUUUUGGUUUCUUUGAUAUGCGGAUUCUCACUUUUAUGUUAUUUGAGAAUGAAGUACAGAGGGCAGCAAGUACGCGAUGAUGAUCGGAGGGACGUGGAGCAACAGAUUCAGAGUUCAGCAACGGCCCCUAUGAAGUUCCGGCUGAAGGAACUUAAACAUGCUACAGGGAAUUUCAACCCCAAAAACGAACUAGGGAGAGGAGGAUGCGGGAUUGUCUAUAAAGGAUUGUUAGACAGUAAAGAGGUAGCUGUGAAACGAUUUUCCAAGGAUUCGAGUCAAGGGAAGCAAGAUUUCGUAGCUGAAAUCACCACAAUCGGCAAUCUCCAUCACAAGAACAUUGUGAAAUUAAUCGGUUGGUGCUACGAAUGCAACGAGCUCCUUCUCAUAUACGAGUUCAUGCCAAAUAGGAGCUUAGAAAAGCUCAUAUUUCGCAACAAAAGUCAAGAUCCCGAGGACUCCACCUUGAGUUGGGAGAUGAGGCACGGGAUAAUUUGCGGUGUGACACAAGCAUUAGAUUACAUUCAUAAUGGGUGUGCAAAGAGGGUACUUCACCGCGACAUCAAAGCCAGCAACAUAAUGUUAGACUCCGAGUUCAACGCUUGUUUGGGAGAUUUCGGACUAGCUAGAACCUUUCAAGUGGGUGAAAUCACUCACCACUCGACGAAAGAGGUAGCAGGAACACCGGGUUAUAUGGCACCAGAGAGUUUUCUUACGGGUAGGGCUACCGUUCAAACAGACGUCUACGCCUUUGGUGUUCUGUUACUUGAAGUUGCCUGUGGAAGAAAGCCCGGAAAUCAAAAUGAUCAGAAUAACUAUAGCAAUGGCAUCGUGGGUUGGGUAUGGGAGCUUUAUAAGUCAGAGAGGAUCAUUGAUGCUAUAGAUACCAGACUGAGUGGGGACUUUGACGAGGAGCAAGCAGAGUGUGUGCUCAAGCUGGCAUUAGCCUGUUGCCAUCCAAACCCGCACCAAAGGCCUACCACGAGAACUGUCCUCCAGGCUCUCACAGGCGAGGCAGCUCCACCACCUAUCCCAAAGGAGAAACCGGCUUUCAUGUGGCCACCCAUGGAUCCAUCAUUCAAAGAAGAUUUGAAUAAUUGCUCUCUUGAAAUAGGUGAAAUUACACCAAUUACUGUACAGAAUGGUAGAUAAUUGAUGCCACAGCAACAUGUCCAUCCACCGGUGUGUUUAUAUACAUAUGUAAAUCUCGAGGCCCUAAACUUUUAGAGAGGGUCUGUAAGUAGCUAUUAGGAGCUUUGGUUAAUCUUUUGUAUUUGUUCUUCAGUCUAGUGCCAUGUUUAAGUCUACUACUGCUCAUUCAAGUUCUUUAAUCAAGCCCUAUGAGGAUUUGUAUAGAUGGCCUUAUUCAACAUUUCAGGCCUUGUCAUGAAGUGAUGCUGUCUCAACAACUUUUUGCGUUUCUCUAAGUUGUUAGUCUCUUAGUGAUAGCAACUAACUGGGAGAUUUCAAUGUUAAUCGAGUGGAAUGUUAACUAUCUAUAAGGCCAUCUCCAACGGUUCAUCAGAAUCAUUACUAAAUUUGAAUUUAGUGCAAAAUGACACCUUUUUUUAUUCAACGGCUUAUCAAAAUGAUAUCAAAUUGAGGACGCUCCAAAAUUUUCACCAAACUGAGGAGCUGGGGCAAAUUUCACCAUUUUACUGUGCAUGUACAUUGGUAGUAGGGCCCACCGGACGUCCAACUGGUCGUCCCCCCGAUCAUCUGGAUUACACAGAAAAUGAAGAGCAGUAGCCAUGGUUUGGACUGCAAACUGGCUUGAAAAGUUGGUUGCUUUUUGUGGUACCAAAACGAAAUUCCUUACCAACAUUAAUUCAUGGAUAGCAGAGACAAAUGCAUUGCAUGUAGAUUUAAAUUUGUAUCA